UAAAGAUCUCACACCCACAACAGGAUCGCUCAAUAUCUUCCUGAUGGUUAUGCUACUGAGGGUGGACUUUGCCCUCUUUUAUGAGGAAGUCUUGGGUGUUCGCUGUCGCUGUCUGAGGAACAGGAUAAAUAUACGAGUUGUGUUUGUACUGAAAGUUAAAUAACAGAAGAAAGUAACAGCGACAUUUGACUGCCAGAAUUUAAAGGAGUGUUGGAUCAGUACUUACAAUGUCCAGGACUGACAGUCCAUUUGGAAAUGACACCAGCAGCUAUGCUGGAUCAAUCCAGUCAAAUGGAUACUCAAUUAAUGAUGAGGUAUCAUCACAAAUAUCAAAUCUAUCAAUGCCCAGUGCAAGAUCAAUUUACAUGCAGAGGAAGGAUUAUGCAGAAUCUUUGAACAAGAUGAUGGAAAAGUUUCAGUACAGAGUGGAGCACUUGUUCACUUGUGACCUGAAUGGGAAGGAGUUGAGAAAUGUAGCAGACUGUGUGGAGCGACUGAAGCUGUUGGACGGGAUGGGUCGUGUGUGGGCUCAGAGCAUGAUACUGGAGAUCCGUGGAGCCGCACUGUUCCUCACAGACACCGAAACCAAGGAGGAGCUUGAGUCUAUGGCUCUGAGUGACAUCCAGGAGCUAAAAGCUGUGCCUAAUUCUGGUGCAAUUCCCUCCUUGCUCACAUUAUCAGUCCAACUUGGGAAGAAACACACCACCACUGUCUUUAUGUUUCAGUGUGAGGACGUCAGGGCUGACCUUGUUCAAAAGGAUUUUGAACAGGCAAUCUCACACAGGGAAGACAAUUCAAGCAUCAGAAGCAGUAAUGCAGAAUCGGUUGCUAGAUAUGCGGGAGUGAAAAACCAUAAAUCUACUGGGCCUUAUGAGACGAGGCCGCCAGUCAGUUCAGUGCCAGCUCCAGAUUACGAGGAGGAUGACGUCCCUGUUUCUGAGCUGGACCUGUCUCAAGAGGAGGAAGAGGAUGAGGAGGAGGAAGAGGCACCAACACCUCAGCCUACCCUCAUCGAAGAACCUAUGUAUACUCAACGCCCAUACACAGAUCUGGAAAGGAAUGUAGACAUCUUGAAUCAUAUAGUAAGUGACAUUGAGAUCUUCAUGGGAAAAAUUGCUGCAGUCGUCGCCAAAAAUUCCAAGAAAAAGAAGAAAAAGAAAGGAAAAGGUGCAGAUGGCAUGCCUCCUGCUGCAGAGUUUGAAGAGUGUCUCCAUAAGAUCAAAUGUGGUUUUAACCUUGUGGCGGAGCUCAACGGACAGAUUGAUAAGCCCAGUGCUCCUGAAUUUGUUCACUCCUUUUUCUCAACAUUGGGCUUCGUGGUAUCUCACUGCCCUGAGGAGCUGCCACAGACCAUUGUGGCUCCCCUGUUGACCCCUACGUGUAUCCGUCUGUUGAGUGAGGAGGCCUCUGCAGAAGAGGACCAGCUGUGGCAGUCUCUGGGAGACGCCUGGAACAUCCCAAGUACCAAAUGGCCUGAAGACGAUGAGGACAUCCCAACAUACAAUCUGGUGUUCUUCGAUGGCUGGCAGCCCCCUGAGGUGUCUGCAGAAUCUGAACCUGGAACACCUGUGAGGAGGCAGGAAAGUCCAGAGCCUGCACCCAGCAAGGCUCCUGCAAAGUGGACCCCAGCUCCUCCUCCCCCACAAAAAGCACGUCCAGUUGAGUCAAAGGGUCCGAUGCGAGUUCUGUUUGACUUCAUCUCAAGAAACCACAGAGAGCUCUCCGUCAGAAAAGGAGAGAUAGUCGAGCUGCUAGACAAGUCGAAGCAGUGGUGGAAGAUCAAGAACAGCAGAGGGGAGGAGGGCUUUGUCCCUAAUAAUGUCCUGGAGUCUCAAGAUGAGCAGGCUAAGGAGAUUUCUCAGGAGAAUGGAGGCCCUCCUGCCCUGACAAGGAGGUCUAAGGCUGCAGAAGUGAAAGCCUGGCUGGAAGACAAGGGCUUUAGUAAGAUCACUGUGCGCUGUCUGGGCAUGCUGAGCGGCUCCAUGCUGCUCGGGAUGACCAGAGAGGAGCUGAAGCAGGUGUGUCCAGAGGAAGGAGGACGGGUCUUCUUCCAGUUACAAGCUGUCCGCUCUGCCUUAGCAGCUGGCAUAUAGAGAAGAUAAAACAUGAAGACGAUGCACCAGAAGAUGUCAACAAUGGUUUAACACUGUACGAUGAAGUAACAUUAAUAGUUAGGGGAACAUCCAAAAGAAAUGUGCUGCAUGAUUGAAAAUGUUUAUGAAGAAGCUGUGGUUAAAUCAGCAAAUAAGCUAUAAAGAGCUGUAAAUUAGAGAUCAGUAAGUUGUUCCUCCAGCAAUAAAAGUCAACAAUGUGAAUUAUAACCUGGAUUAUGUAACAAAAUUAAAUUGAUUUGAUCAUUCUGAAAGCUGUAAAUAAAAGUUAGCCGUGACUCAGGCA